UGUUUAUCACACGAUUUCGGGCGUUGGUGACACAUUUUAUUUCAGGGGAAUUUUCUUGAGUAUAUUUUGAGUAACUGGUAGUCAAAACUACAUAGAAUGUGUUAAUACUGAAGUUCGGGGGUAACCAGUCACGCCACUAGAUUUUGUCUAAUUUGGCACAAAAGUUAUAUUUUAGUAUCCUAUUAUGAGCACAAAAAAGGAAGUAAUGUCAACUAACGAUAUAUUGAAAAGUAUAGAUAAUUGUGCAUCUGCUGUGUCGAAUCGCAGAUAUUGGGAUGGUAAGGAUAAGACAAGACCGUCUGACGUAGCCUAUUUAACUGGAGAUGUGGCGCCGACUCAUGCUAAGUUUUCGGGGCUUCAGCCUUUUGCUAAUGUGUACCAGAUGAGGUGGAUACUAACGCACUGACUGAAAGUUAUAGUAAGACCGAUUUGUAAACACAGCUGCCCCACCCUGAAACCAUACCCUCCAGACCGAGAUUUUCGAAUGCCUUGCGCGAAACUGUCGGCUUCCUCUAAAGCACUUAGCUGUGCUUCACAUAAAGUUGCCUCCUUUUAGGCUGUUUUAUUUCUGCCAAGGAACUGCGUACUGUCCGAUUUUGAUUGUUUAUACGAUAACGGAACGGCGGCAUCUACAAGCACAAGAGUUACUGCAUCAAACCGCUUCAAGCUAAAUUCCAAACCUUGGUUAGAUGGAAUAACCUCUAGAUAAGACUGACUGGGCCCUCCAGGUGCUGGCGGCACCCAAUGUCCCUACUACAUGAUGAGUGUGACUUAAGUACUCUGGAUUUGUUAGACCGAGUCGUGAACACAUCUAGACUCUACGCUGGUUGGUCUCUUGGUUUGCAUCGCAUACGCCACAGGCUGACAUGAAGGAAGUUGCUGAAUGGUCGACGGAGGAUGUGCUCCAAUGGCUUAAUGAUGAGGGAUUGCAGGAAUAUUCUGAGGCCUUCCGCCACCAGAACGGCCAGGGCCUCCUGCAGCUCUCGAAGGCUGACUUCCAGACGCCCCCCCUGGCCCUUGUCACCUCCGACGGAGGCAGACAACUUUUGGAAAAGAUGGAGAGACUCACGAUAGAGCACCACAUUGAGGCACAUAAAAACGGGCAUGCCAAUGGACACGCCAUCUUGACCAUCAACAAUGAGGUUGGUGGGAACAAGCCCAAGAGGAACGGCCUGGUCAAUGGAUUCCACAAGGAGCGUGUACAGAUCCGUUUGCCUGAGAUCACCCGCUCUCCGUUCCCUGAGGAAUGGGGGAAGACCGGUGUGGCUUUUGUCUAUGCCAUCAUCUGCUUCAUCUCCACCACCAUCAUGAUCUCAAUAGUCCAUGAACGCGUGCCUUCCAAGGAAGCAACUCCACCCCUGCCAGACAAGUUCUUCGACUUUUUUGGCAGAGUAGACUGGGCUUUUUCUAUAUGUGAAAUCAAUGGCAUGAUUCUGGUCGGGCUUUGGCUUCUACAGUGGGCACUAUUAAAAUAUAGGUCCAUCAUUGGGAGGCGGUUCUUCUUCAUAGUUGGCACACUCUACCUAUAUAGGUGCAUCACCAUGUACGUCACCACACUCCCUGUUCCAGGGAUGCAUUUCAAGUGUUCCCCUAAGCUGUUUGGUGACUGGGAGGCGCAAAUGCGCAGAGUGAUGAAGAUGAUGGCAGGAGGAGGCCUGACCAUCACUGGGUCCCACCAUAUGUGUGGAGACUAUCUUUACAGUGGCCACACAGUCAUGUUGACACUGACAUAUCUCUUCAUUAAAGAGUAUUCCCCGAAAAGGUUCUGGUGGUACCACUGGAUCUGCUGGAUGCUGUGUGCUGUAGGACUUUUCUGCAUUCUCCUGGCUCAUGACCACUACUCUAUAGAUGUCGUGGUGGCAUACUUCAUCACAACACGCCUGUUCUGGUGGUACCACACCAUGGCCAACCAGCAAGUGCUAAAGGAAUUUUCACAGAGCAACUUUUUCUCCAGGGUUUGGUGGUACAGAUUUUUCCAGUACCUGGAACAGAAUGUGCAAGGCAUCAUCCCUCAGAACUACCAGAUGCCACUUACAUGGCGACCAGCUCAGUGGAGUCAAGCAAAGUACAGCCGGAUGGACGUGGAUGUUCCGUGACACACCCAGGACGACAUGGCAAUGAACAAGGCUCCUCAAAGGGCCACAUCCGAUAACACAAUGCCCUAUUUGUUGAACUCUGAUGUUGGUCCAGCUUCCUUCAGCUUUCUACUGUAAUAAAAUAGUGCAUACCUACUGGGUAGCCCUAUGACCAUCUAUCCAGACUGUCAGUUCAUCCAAAACAUUUAUUUUUGAAAACCGUGAGGAGUGGGGUCUUCUUGAGGCUGCUCUGAAUACUGUAAUAGUUUUCAGCAGGUGUAUUGCAAAUAUUUCAUUGUCAUGUCCAGAUCUUUUCAGCUAGCUCUGGUAAAUGUUACUGUAUAGGUCAAUGGUAAUCUCUCCCUGUGUAAUGGCAAAAUUGUGGAUAAUCCUUACUAAAAUUAAAUCAGUGAAACAUUCAGGUAAUCUUGUGUGCCAUUGGGGGUACGUUCUAAAUGUUAGGUGUUAUCAUUCUCAAACGUUUUGGCACAUUUUGUUUCAAUGAAGUGCUGUAGCAUUUGGAAAUGACAGCAAGAAGGUUUGUUUGGUAGCCAUCUAAACUAACCUUGGCCAAGGCGCAAAUUUUUUUUUAAGCAUAUAGUGUUUAUUUUUUUAACAAGUGCUUCACAUUUUUACAGAUGGGAGUCUAAAGACAGCCAGAAGGAGAUUAGUAUUUGCUGUUAAUGUUCCUCAGUGCCUUUUGUUGUUGUGAUUGUGUUGUGCAGCAGAUAGCGUAGUGUUUUGGGUCGGACACCAAAAUGUCACCGUUCUGAAUCCCCAAACCAACGAAACCAUCUGUUGUGGUGCCGUUGGUUAAGGUGAUUAACAAAAAUUGCUCUGUAAUUUUCCUUGGACAAGAGUGCCGGCUCGGUGACUGAAACGUAAUCUCGGUUAAGUGUAUUGGGGCCCUCAUCCAUGUAUUUAUGUUGAAUCACAGUUUAAAAGUAUUUAGACAUGAUCAAAUAUGAGGGUGCUGAAAUGAACCUGACACUAAUAUAGUGCACACAGUUUUGACCCCACUACAUUUCCUGCCUGGUUUCUGAAUGUAAAGGCAAUUUGUGUAUCAACACUUCAAAUAUUCUAUUGAUUAAUUUAUUACAUUAUUUUGUGUUGUUCUUUGAUGUCUUAUCUUGUCUGUCAUGCCAAAUGCAGUACCAGUCAAAAGUUUGACACACCCAUUCACCCGAAUGCUUACUGAUCAAUACUGCCCUUCAAAUGAAAUGUAUACCUCAGAACUGUCCCUGUUUAUCAACCAAUGAGAAGAGCUGAUUGUGGUGCAUCCAUGGUAGACGUGAAUCCCAUUGGAAAUAAAAUUAUCUUUACCACA